AUGGAUUUGAAAUUUUCUUUUAAGGGUAUUAUUUUCUUCGCAUCUGUAAUUGCACUGUCAUCAUCAACAUGUGAAAUGAAGAGUUAUUUCUCUAGCUGCAGCUAUGUAGUACAAUGUGAAACGACGGCGUCAGCUAUCUCCUACCCAUCAUGUAAUUCAGAACCCAAUGUUACGUUCAUCAUCACACAUUCUAGCCUUAACUAUUUGACGACAGGGUUUUUUGCAUCAACAAAUUUUGAUUCCAAGGUUCGAGAAAUUAAAGGUGUUGAUUUGUCUCAUAAUAAAAUUCCUAAUUUAUACUUCGUUAAAAACUCUUUACCAAACCUUACUGAAUUGUAUCUCAACAACAACAAUAUCACCAAUGUACCUAAAUAUAUCUUUGAUAAUCAACUACAACUUAGACUCUUAGAUCUUUCCAUGAAUGAUAUUUACAGUAUUGAAGAGUAUUCUUUACCUUUACAAAACUUGCAGUAUCUUUAUGUCAAGGGAAAUCGAAUUAAUGGUGUUAUCAAAUCAAAUGUAUUUAGCCCAGCCAAAUUUUUAAGAUUUUUAGAAUUAAGCCAUUUCAACAUAAGUAAAAUUGAUAGUAUGGCUUUUGUUGAUCUACCAGUAUUGGCUAAACUUAAUCUUUCAAAUAAUUACAUACACAGUAUAGAGCCCAAUAGCUUCAAAAAUGUUAAUAACCUGUAUAGUUUAGACAUUUCCCAUAACAAUUUAUUUGAUUUGAAAUUUACAGGUGGAGUAUUAACUAAUCUUAAAGCUCUACACAUAAGCAAUAAUAAUCUAUCAAAUAUAUCAGGCUUACUUUCAAAUACUUGUAAGCUCGCAUAUCUAGAUUUGUCUUAUAACAAUAUAAAGAAUGUGUCCGAAAUGAGUGCUAUGAUUUUCCCAAAUUUGACCGUAUUAUUUCUUGAUAAUAAUAAGUUAAAAUAUUUCAAUAGUCCUAAAAUCAACACUCUAACGACACUUGUUGACUUGGGGUUAGCUUCAAAUGAAAUAAGUGACUUACAGUUGAAUUAUUUUAAAGAACUUAUGUCAGUAGAUUUGAGUAACAACAGUCUGACUUAUAUAAAUAGGACAUUUUUAGAGAAAAAUGAGCAUCUGCAAGCUUUAGAUGUAAGUAGAAACCAAAUUACAGAGUUACCUCCAGGUACUUUCCAGUUUAUGAAAAAUUUAAAGCUAUUAAAUUUAUCAUCUAACUAUUUGACAAAACUUCGCUAUGGAAGCUUAAAAGGUCUUCAUAGAACUGAGAUUCUAGAUUUGUCAAGGAAUAAUAUUGCGCAACUUGACGUUGAUAUUUUUCAUGAAUGUGGUGAACUUAAAGUUCUGAUCAUUGAUUACAAUCGUAUUAAAACUUUUGAUGUAGAAAGACUCAUUCUUAUUGCUCUCAGGAAAUUGAGGACUUUAAGCUUAGGUGGUAACCCAAUACUAUGCAGAGAAAUUGUACAUAAUAUGAAGUCCGCAAAUACAACUUUUUAUGCUAUAAGACAAGUAGAAGUAACUUCUAUUGAUAAAAUAUAUCAUGAGGAUAAUGUUCAUGGUAUAAAGUGUGGCGAUGAUUCAGAUACUACAGUAAGUUCUACAAUAAAACCGGUACCAGUUGAGCCCGACAAUCCAAAUGUUGAUUCUUCAUUUACUUCAACAUCCAUAGUACUUAUUUGGUGUUUGGUUCUAACCAUAGUACUUGUGGCAGCCGGUGUAGUAGCAUACAUAAAAUUGUAUAAUAAAAAAGUUUAUGUUGUAGAUAGUAACAUGAAUUUGCGGCUCAGGAAUUCAAUGGAUUUAACAGGAUCGGACUUUCAGAAUGAUUUGUUGAAUUAG